AUAACGUGCACACGGUUCAAACAUUUCAAUAUGAUUGAGACCUAUACACAUAUGGUCAUGGUGUCAAAGGCUUACGGUUUGCAAGGAGUUUAAAAGGAUUUAGCUCCUGGUUUGAAUGGAGAACAAGACUCCUCCUCCUCAGGUGACAGGUGAAAGUGAAACUAGUAAAACAGGAUCCAUUUAGUGACGAGCAGGAAAUUACACGACGAGAGAAACAGAGAAAAAGUUUGACAGUUUUUGCUCCACUGAAUCGUCUGAAACAAUCAAAAAAUUCAUUGUGAAGUAUUUUGUAGGUGAUAUUCUAGUCAGUAAAGAGGAACAUCAACAGUUCUUGACAGGUGUUCAGUGGACUGUUCAGAUGAUGUCAUGGACUCCACAAAGGAUCUCAGUGGACAGACAGACACAGGGAAGGUCAAGAGUGUCAUUCAUGGAGAAUCUCCUGAACCCAGCUGUGUGUCCAUGAAGAGUGACGGGUCAAUGGAUCGUCCACUUCACUUCAGUUCAGGAGAGUCUUUGAUCAACUACAGAAAAAAACAGGAUGCAACAGAGUCAACUGCUGGGAAAGUGCCAUUGGACUCCAUUUUUGAGGAACUUGAGCACAGAAUCAUCUCUCUGAUGAAGAAAGAGCUGAAGAGUAUCAAGAGACUACUGAUCUCAGAUUCCCCAGCAUGCUCUAAGAGAGAGGAGGAGGAUGAUGAAGGUCAGAGCAGAGUCAGAGAGGGGUUUCUGAAGAUCACACUGCACGUCCUGAAGAAGAUGAAGCAGACAGACCUCGCUAACACACUUCAAACCAAACUGAUUUCUGUGCAUCAACAAAAACUCAAAACAAAACUAAAAGAGAAAUUCCAGAGAAUUACUGAAGGAAUGUCAAAUCAAAGCAGCUCAACACUUGUGAAUGAGAUCUACACAGAGCUGUACAUCACAGAGGGAGGGAGUGCAGAGAUCAAUAAUGAACAUGAGGUGAGACAGAUUGAGACAGCAUCCAGGAGAGCAGAGACACAGGAAACACCAAUCAAAUGCAUUGACAUCUUUAAAGCCUUACCUGGACAAGACAAAGCCAUCAGAACUGUGCUGACUAAAGGAGUUGCUGGAAUUGGGAAAACUGUCUCUGUGCAGAAGUUCAUUGUGGACUGGACUGAAGGAAAAGCAAAUCAGGAUGUUCACUUCAUAUUUCCACUUCCUUUCAGAGAGCUCAAUCUGAUGAAGCACAAAAAUAUCAGUUUGAUGGAUCUUCUUCAUCAGUUUUUCACAGAUACAAAAGAACUGAGAUCAACAUUCCUUGAUGACUACAAAGUCAUUUUCAUUUUUGAUGGUCUGGAUGAGUGUCGACUUCCUCUAGAUUUCCAGAACAAUGAUAUUUUGUCUGAUGUGACAGAAUCGGCCUCAGUGGAUGUGCUGCUGACCAACCUCAUCAAGGGGAAUCUGCUUCCUUCUGCUCUGCUCUGGAUCACCUCUCGACCAGCAGCAGCCAAUCAGAUUCCUCCUGAGUGUGUUGACCAGCUCACAGAUGUACGAGGCUUCAUUGACCCUCAGAAGGAUGAGUAUUUCAGGAAGAGAAUAAAAGAUGAGCGUCUGGCCAACAGAAUCAUCACACACAUGAAAUCAUCAAGAAGCCUGUACAUCAUGUGUCACAUACCAGUCUUCUGUUGGAUUUCAGCCACUGUUCUCCAGAGGCUGUUGAGUGAAGCAGAGAGUGCAGAGAUCCCCAAGACUCUCACUCAAAUGUUCACACACUUCCUGAUCUUUCAGAGCAAACUGAAGAGCCAGAAGUAUGAUGGGAAAUAUGAGGUGGAUCUUAAGCAGGCUAGAGAGAGGAUUCUGACUCUGGGAAAACUGGCUUUUCAACAGCUGGAAAAAGGGAACCUGAUCUUCUAUGAGGAGGACCUGAGAGAGUGUGGCAUUGAUGUCAGAGAAGCGUCAGUGUACUCGGGAGUUUGUACCCAAAUCUUCAGAGAGGAGUUUGGACUGCACCUGGGGAAGGUGUUCAGCUUUGUGCAUCUGAGCAUUCAGGAGUUUCUCGCUGCUUUAUUCAAGUUUCUGCAAAACAAUUCAAGAAUGAGUGAUUUCCUGAAGAGUGAAGUGGACAAGGCCUUACAGAGUGAGAACGGACACCUGGACCUUUUCCUUCGAUUCCUUCUGGGUCUCUCACUGAAGUCCAAUCAGACAAUCUUACAAUAUCUACUGACACAGACAGGAAGCAGCUCUGACAGCAAACAGGAAAUAGUUAAGUACAUUAAGAUGAAGAUCAGGGACAAUCCCUCUCCAGAGAAAUCCAUCAAUCUGUUCAACUGUCUGAAUGAACUCGAUGAUCAUUCUCUAGUGCAGGAAGUACAAACAUACGUGAACAGAAGAGAUAUCAAUCGUCUCUCUGGAGUCCGUCUCUCUCCUGCUCAGUGGUCAGCUCUGGUGUUUGUGUUGCUGAACUCAGAAGAGGAGCUGGAUCAGUUUAAUCUGAGGAAAUAUGAUCCAUCACAUGAAUGUCUUCUGAGGCUGCUGCCGGUGAUCAAAUCAUCCAGAAAAGCUGAUCUGAUGGGCUGCAAUCUGACAGAGAAAAGUUGUUCAGCACUGGCCUCAGUUCUCAGCUCAAACUCCUCAAGUCUGAGAGAGCUGGACCUGAGUAACAAUGACCUGCAGGAUUCAGGAGUGAAGCUGCUAUAUGAUGCACUGAAGAGUCCUCACUGUAAACUGGAAAUACUGAGAUUUGCAGCUUGUAGAUUCACUGGUCAGUGUUGUGGAAGUUUGUCUUCAUUUCUACAAUCAUCAAACUCCCUGAGAGAGCUGGAUCUGAGUAACAAUGACCUGCAGGAUUCAGGAGUGAAGCUACUCUCUGAUGCACUGAAGAGUCCUCGCUGUAUACUGGAAAUACUGAGAUUAUCUGGCUGUAUGGUGACAGAGGAAGGCUGUUGUUCUGUGGCAUCAGCUCUGAGAUCAAAUCUCUCACGCCUGAAAGAGCUGGAUCUGAGCUACAAUCACCCAGGAGAAUCAGGAGUCAGGCUGCUCUCUGAAAGACUCAACGAUCCAAACUGCACACUGGAAAAACUUAAUGUGGAUCAUGGAGGAGAGUUCAGGAUUACAGCAGGACCAUGCAAAUAUGUCUGUGAUCUCACACUGGAUUCAAACACAGCACACACUGAACUCAUUCUGUCUGAGGGGAACAGGAAAGUGACACGUGUGAGAGAGCGUCAGUCAUAUCCUGAUCAUCCAGAGAGAUUUGAUGAGUGUCGUCAGGUUCUGUGUAGAGAGAGUCUGACUGGACGCUGUUACUGGGAGACUCAAUGGAGUGGAGAUGGUGCUGAUAUAUCAGUGUCAUAUAAAGAAAUCAGCAGGAAAGGAAAGAGUCAUGACUGUGUGUUUGGAUACAAUGUAAACUCCUGGAGUCUGUUCUGCUCUAAUAACAGAUUCACUGUCUGGCACAAUAAUAACAGAACUGACAUACGUCCCCCUUCACACGACUGUAAGAGAGUAGGAGUGUAUGUGGACUGUCCGGCCGGCACUCUGUCCUUCUACAGCGUCUCUGACACACACACACUCACACACUUACACACACUCAACACCACAUUCACUCGACCCCUCUAUGCUGGAUUUGGAGUAGAUUAUCUUGAUUCCUCAGUGUGUGUGUGUGAAAUUGAUCAUCAGAGACACACACACACAACUGGAUGAGUGAAAUAUACUCACUGUAUCUCACAUCAACACAACUCCAAACUCUUUCUAGAAAUCAUUUCAUCAAUUAAACUGAUUGAAUUCAAUAUAAUGACAGUACUUUGUGUCUCACUGUGAUGUGAUUGAACUUAUUUACUAUCAGAUUCAAUAAUAAAAAUAAUGAUUUUAAAUGAAUAAAUGAGUCUAUAUAUGAACUCUUUAUUAAACACACGGCACAUUCAGAUACUCAUUGUUUUAUUUAUACUAAAUAAACAUUUACAAAUACAGAAUUCUUGUGAUUUUUCUACAGUAUAUAAAUCUUAAUACUUAACAGACAAUUCUAGAAAAAACA